AUGCACGCCAAAACUCUUGCUGCCGGCCUCGCCGUUGCCGCCAUCUCCUUGAUCCCCUCCUGCCCUGCGCCCCCGGUAGCCGGUUUGGUCAUCACCGGCCUUGCUGCUCCCCUCGCCGGUAACCUCAUCUACAUCGGCCUUAAGAGCGGCGGCGUCGGUGGCAGGAAGCGCGGUGCCGAGGCCACCAUCGAGGGCCUCGAGAAGCGCCAGUCCUGGCCUGGUGUGCCUGACUACAACAUUCAAAUGUGCAAGAAUGCCAAUGUCGGCCGCACUGUGACUGUCAGGGAGACAUCUGUCAACUCUCUUCGUGUUGAGAAUGUGGCUCCAGAGUGCAUGAACCUGGCCACGCUGUUUACCGAACAGGGAACUCCCGUCCCGUGUGGCUCUGCUUGCCUUGACUAUGUCAACUUGAGUGCGGGCGAUAAGCAGAAGCUGAUGGAUAUUGUGCACAAUCUCCUUUGA